CCUGGCCUAUUUCCUAGAUCACUUCUCUCCCUUUUCUGCCUUGCUCUUUCAAUGGCAAAAAUGUCAGAACCUCUCAUUGUUGGCAGAGUCAUUGGAGAUGUUCUCGAUUCUUUCACGAGAAGCAUAAAAAUGACUGUCACUUACGAUACCAAGCAGGUCUACAAUGGGCAUGAAUUCUAUCCUUCCACAGUCGCCACCAAACCUAAGGUUGAAAUUCAAGGGGGCGAUAUGAGAUCUUGUUUUACACUGGUCAUGACAGAUCCAGAUGUUCCUGGCCCUAGUGAUCCUUAUUUAAGGGAGCACCUGCACUGGGUGGUCACAGACAUUCCUGGCACAACUGAUGCUACAUUUGGAAGGGAGGUAGUGAGCUAUGAGAUUCCAAAGCCUAAUAUAGGAAUCCACAGGUUUGUGUUUGUUCUGUUCAAGCAGAGACGCAGGCAGUCAGUAACGCCACCUUCUUCAAGGGAUAACUUCAACACCCGAAGUUUUGCUGCAGAAAACGAUCUCGGCCUCCCAGUUGCUGCCGUCUACUUCAAUGCGCAGAGAGAAACAGCAGCAAGAAGACGCUAGAUAGCUAAUUAAGUACUGAAGCAAAAAAAAAACUCCAUGUUACUGCAGAAACCUAGCUAUUAGAAUAAAGUGGAGUACUUAUCUAGCUACUGAGGCUUUUGUUCAAGUCAUAUAUCUCUAUCCUAGAUCGAUCCAUUACCGUGUACGUAUGUGAUAAUGUGAUUAAAUAAAGCAUGCAGAUAAAAAGAAUCAC